CCGCAGCCAUGGGCGCUGGGCCUGCGGGGGCGCGCAGGGGGCGCGGGGAACGGCCGAUCCUGGCGGGAGAGGCGGCGGCUGGGACUGGCUCUCGACGCUGAGCCGCUGUGGGAGUCCCUGUCCGCGCUCCGAGGAGGGCCUGUAGCUGCUAACGGGGUGCCUCGGACGGGAACCCGGCGGUCGCUGGCCACUUCACGGGACGAAGUGGGGGGAGCGGGCCGGCCGGUCGAGAGGGCCUCGUGGACACCUUGGGGGGCUGCAAGCGACCUCCCCCACGCCCACGCCCCGCGCGGCAGCGACCGCCGCAUCUCCGCAGCGGGGGCUCUGGAGCCCAGGGUCGCCCCGGUCGAGCCCCGGGGGCACCCCCUGCAUGGCUGAGCUGCCCCCUCGUCGGCCGCCCGGUCGCUGCCGGGGCUGAGCUCGCCUGGCCGCCGCCCUCGCCGCCCGCUGCAUGCCCGGCGCCCGGAUCGCAGCCCACCUGGACGCACUGGGCCCCCUGGUCCCCUCCGCGCAGCCUCCGCUGCUGCCCUCUAUGUUCUUCGUGGGCCUGUUUUUCGUCAACGUGCUGAUCCUGUACUACGCCUUCCUCAUGGAGUACAUCGUCCUCAACGUGGGCCUCGUCUUCCUGCCCGAGGACUUGGACCAGGCACUCGUGGACCUGGGCGUGCUCUCCGACCCCGGCUCCGGCCUCUACGAUGGCGACUCGGAGCUGGACGUCUUCGAUGGGUACUUGGAGUAGGGUCUUGCCUGCCAACCCCCCUGGGCCUGGACCAGCUGCCCACAUCAUGCCACCGCCGCCGCCGUCUGGAUGGGGAUGGGACCUCAGGUCGAGGCCUUCCCCUGCCCCGGAGGCCUACCUGCGCCCUUUGAAAGCUUUGUGCCAACAGAGAAGUUCCCAUCCAGAACCAGAAGGGUGGAAGGAGAGAUUGGGCCUGCCCCCAC